AAGCUAAAAGUAAAACAAAAUCAUCAAAGAGGGAUAAUAAUCAUGAAAUUGCUAGAAAAAAUGACAUAUGUAGAAUGUUUUAUGAUAAUAAUGGCGACAUGGUUCAUGUUCAUAAGUUACAGUCAUGGAGCCAAUGUAGCUGCAGCACCUGGAACCAACGGACUUGAUACUGCUUGGUAUGAUGCGCGAGCCGCAUAUUAUGGUGAUAUCCAUGGUGGAGGCACUGAACUAGAAGGAGCUUGUGGAUACGGUGAUCUAAACAAACAUGGAUAUGGUCUAGCCACAGCAGCAUUGAGCACGGCGCUCUUCAACAGCGGGGCCUCAUGUGGGGCUUGUUACGAGAUCAUGUGCUCUCCUAAUCCACAAGGAUGUUUGUCCGGAUCUAUCAAGAUCACAGCAACAGAUUUAUGUCCACCAGGAUCCGCUUGGUGCUACCUACCAAAUAAACACUUUGAUCUCUCCUUACCAAUGUUCAUCAAGAUCGCUCAGGUCAAAGCCAAGAUGGUCCCGGUUAGAUACAGACGUGUUCCCUGUGCGAAAACCGGUGGUGUCAAGUUUGAAGUUAAAGGAAACCCUAAUAUCUUAACGAUCUUGCCGUACAAUGUAGGAGGAGCAGGAGAUAUUAUAGCCGUGUCUGCUAAGGGAAGCAAAACCGCGUGGGUAGUAAUGAGCAGAUAUUGGGGACAAAAUUGGACUACUAAUGUUAAUCUAACCGGUCAAAGUGUAUCAUUAAGGGUUACAACGAGUGAUGGGAUUACAAAGGAUUUUACUGAUGUGAUGCCAGCAAGUUGGGGAUUUGGGCAGACUUUUGAUGGAAAGACUAACUUUUAAGAAAAAUGAUAUGAAUUUUUUUUAGUUUUGGCUUACAAGUUACAACUAAGAGAGAUGUAUUGGUUGCAAUAAUUAAAAAUAAAUGAAAUAUUGUUUAUGAUACUUUUAGUUCUUGGCUUCCUGCAUUUGGUUUCAAUCUAAAGAUUUAACCAGAACUAGAGAUGGACCAUGAAACUACAUGAACCGAACCAACCCAAAACAGUUGAACAAAAUUGAACCGAUAUUUGUUUAUAAAC